CUCCUGGGUACCAGCGGUGGUGGGAGUGAUGCUGGCAGACUGCCCUCCAGUUUGCCAUUGAUCCCACUGGAGGUGAUGAUUCUCUCUAUAACACUGGUGUGUCUGUAGCAGCAAGCUGCUGCUCUUGCUCGUUGCUGUCCCUGCAGCGUGGCAGUGUCUGUGCAGCAGCCUUGUGCUCUUUGCCCAAACAACUACGUGCCAACAGCCCCCGGGCUCAGGAGGAGCUCUGCCUGAAAUGCACUGAAAGCUUGAAGGCAAAGGCACAGCCAGAGCUGAGCUUCUUGGGCUGCGUCUUCCACUUUCCUCUAAAAUCAAUUUCCUGGUGUAUAAUUUGAAACACAAAGGAUACAAAAAGCAACUGAUGAAAACAUCCACUCUGUCCACCACAGGCCAGUGACACAUUUACUCUCACACUGACGCGAGGCAGAGAGAGAGAUGCCAAGGGGCAGUACCUGUUUGACCUCCUGUGCCACCACCUGAACCUGCUGGAGAAGGACUACUUCGGCAUCCGCUUUGUGGACCCCGACAAGCAGAGGCAUUGGCUGGAGUUCACGAAGUCCGUUGUGAAGCAGAUGAGGGCCCAGCCGCCCUUCACCAUGUGCUUCCGUGUCAAGUUCUACCCCACAGACCCUGCGGCACUGAAGGAGGAGAUCACCAGGUAUUUAGUCUUCCUGCAGAUCAAAAGAGAUCUCUACCACGGCCGCCUCCUCUGCAAGACCUCUGACGCCGCGCUGCUGGCCGCCUAUAUCCUUCAAGCUGAGAUCGGUGACUACGACCCCGGGAAGCACCCGGAGGGCUACAGCUCCAAGUUCCAGUUCUUCCCGAAGCACUCGGAGAAGCUGGAGAGGAAGAUUGCGGAGAUCCACAAAUCGGAGCUGAGCGGGCAGACACCGGCCACUUCUGAGCUGAACUUCCUAAGGAAGGCGCAGACCCUGGAGACCUACGGCGUGGACCCCCACCCCUGCAAGGACGUGUCGGGCAAUGCAGCAUUCCUGGCCUUCACGCCCUUUGGGUUCGUCGUCCUGCAGGGAAACAAGAGGGUGCACUUCAUCAAGUGGAAUGAGGUGACCAAAAUGAAGUUUGAGGGGAAGACCUUCUACCUGUAUGUGAGUCAGAAGGAGGAGAAGAAAAUUGUCCUCACCUACUUUGCCCCAACACCCGAAGCCUGCAAGCACCUCUGGAAGUGUGGAAUAGAGAACCAGGCCUUCUACAAGUUGGAGAAGUCGAGCCAGGUCCGGACAGUGUCCAGCAGCAACCUGUUCUUCAAGGGGAGCCGCUUCCGAUACAGCGGCCGUGUUGCAAAAGAGGUGAUGGAAUCCAGUGCCAAGAUCAAGCGGGAGCCGCCAGAGAUCCACAGGGCCGGGCUGGUGCCGAGCAGGAGCUGCCCCUCCAUCACCCACGGCCCCCGGCUGAGCAGCGUGCCGCGCACCCGCAGGAGGGCUGUGCACAUCUCCAUCAUGGAAGGCCUGGAGUCGCUCCGUGACAGCGCCCACUCCACGCCGGUUCGCUCCGCCUCCCACGGCGACGCCUUCGUGCCCCACGGCCGCGGCGGCCGCGGCGGCCGCGCCGAGAGCAGCGAACGCGUGGCCAUCAUCGCCGACGAGAGCUACAGCCCCGCGGACAGCGUGCUGCCCACGCCGGUGGCCGAGCACAGCCUGGAGCUGCUGCUGCUGUCCCGGCAGCUGAACGGAGCCCCGUGCAGCAUCGAGGAGGAGAAGGAGUCGGAGGCCGGCACGCCCGGCACGGAGCCCGAGGAGCCGCGCGAGCUGCGCGCACUGUGCUCGGCUGCCGGCAGCGGCCCGAGGGCGGAACAGGUGAAUAAGUUUGUUUUAAGUGUCCUCCGUUUGCUCCUCGUGACAGUGGGACUCCUCUUUGUCUUGCUCCUCCUCCUCAUCGUCCUUACCGAGUCCGACCUUGACACCGCCUUUUUCCGCGAUAUCCGCCAGACCCCCGAGUUCGAGCAGUUCCAUUACCAAUACUUUUGUCCCCUCAGGCGCUGGUUUGCCUGCAAGCUCCGCGCCGUGGUGGCUCUGCUCACUGACACCUGAGGCCCCGCGGCCCCAGCGCCGGUCGUUCCGCGGGAGAAGAGCGGAAGCGCCGCGGGGGUCCCCACCCCCUCGGGGCGAUGGGGGAGAACCCAAUAAAGAGAGGAAUUUCUUUUGCUAUUAACGCUCAUCCUCGUGCCCCUCCCGGGGCCGCAUUGCGCAGGAUGCUCCCCGUCUCACCGUGCCGCAGGACCCCCCCCCCCAGCCCCGUGCCGCCCUUUGGGGACCCCGGCAGCGCCACGGCCCCGCGCUCGGCUCCUUUUGUACAAAUGACUGUUUGGAGGUCUAUUUUAACAACGAGAAGCUAUUUUUGUUAUCGAGCCCGAGUCUUUUUGUUUUGUUUUUAACUUUCCGCCCGGGGCCCGGCGGGGCGGUGGAUGUUUGUAGUCCAUUGCCGCGCUCUGGGAGGCGGAGAGCGGCGACUUUAGGACUUUGCCGAAGACAAAAGGACGCGCUGCAGGACGGGAGGUAACGCCGGGAUGUCGCCGAGCAGCCAUCGCUCCCCAUCCAUCCUUCAGC